AUGUCUCGAGUAGGGAAAGCGGAAAACGGGAUGAGGCAUACCGUAUGGUUCGCGUAUCCGCUUCUGAGAAUACUGGGCGCAUGGCCAAACCGCGUCUCAUCUUCCACACUUUCAAAGAUUUUGAAUUGGUACUUGAUAUUUACCUGUUACACGUUGCAAUUAAUAGUAUUGGUUCCAGGAUUUUUGCACGUAUUUUUGAAAGAGAAGAACGGGAGAAAGAAGAUGAAAAUGAUGAUACCACAGGUGAACGGUUACCUGCAAUUAUGCAAAUAUUCAUUAGUGUUACGAUGGACUAACAAAUUGAGAGUCUUGUUGGACGAGAUGAAGGAGGAUUGGUUGAACACCACGGAGGAAGAUCAAUUGAUAUUUCGCGCGAAAGCGAGUUUUGGGCACAGAGUGAUGUCGAUGAUCGCGAUCGUCACAUAUAGCGCAGGUCUGGGUUAUCGAACGAUUCUCCCGCUUUCCAAGGGGAGAAUCCUUUUACCGAAUAACACGACUAAGAGAUUGCUACCGUGUCCGGGUUAUUUCGUCUUUUUCAACGAACAAGUUAGCCCGAUUUACGAGAUUAUAUUCAUCAUCCAAGUCCUAGGUGGACUCCUUACCUAUACCAUUAUGUGCGGUACUAUUGGCAUGUGCGUGAUGUUUUGUCUACAUUCGAGCAGCUUGUUACGCAUUUUAUUGAAUAAAAUAUACCAGCUUACGAAACAAUUGGAUGUGAACGAGAUGGUUGUGCACGAGAAAAUUGUGGACAUUGUGAAAUACCAGACGAAGGUGAAAGGAUUUUUAAAGAAUGUUGAACAACUCACAACGUACCUUUUUCUUCUCGAGAUCAUGGUCGAAACGAGUAUAGGAUGCGUGAUUGGAUAUAACGUUGUCACGGAAUGGGAAGACAGUAACGCAGCAGCUAUGAUAAUUCAUCUUAUGAUGCAAGCAUCUACUGUUAGUUGCACAUUCAUAAUGUGUUAUGUCGGUCAAACUCUCAUUGACGAAGGCAAUAAUGUAAGAAAAAUGUCCAUCACGCUUGAUUGGUAUCGAUUCCCUGUAAAAGAAGCACGGAAUUUAAUAUUAGUGAUUAUUAUGUCAUCUUAUCCAGUAAAACUCACAGCAGGAAAAGUUGUCGACAUAUCUUUAGCCACUUUUACCGACAUCAUAAAGACAACUGUAGGAUACUUGAACAUGUUGCAAAAAGUUACUUAA